CUCUAGUGCCGACGACGAGGUUUUUGGCCAGAGGCGUCUGGUGGAGGGAGAGUGAGCGGGGCUUCCCUGAAUGGACUGACAUAAGAGGGAUUUACAUUUUUAACGGGUGUCGUGCUCCGUGAAAAAACAAAUAACCACACGGUGCAUGAUUUAUUUAAAAAAAAAAAAAAACAACAACAACAACUAUUGCGCUCGGUGUUUGCUCAUGUCGCUGCUUGUAUCAUGUCCAUGUGUCAUCGUCGUGAGAGGAUUGAACUUGCCAGCAGUCUAUAUUUGCCGAGGAGGGAAACCAAUACAAGGUCUCGCUGUCUCGCUGGAGCGGAGUAUUAUUAGCAGUUCAGACAGUGCAACUGUCUCUCUCUGAUCAUGCACAGCAACUACACAAUAAGGACAGCGUCAUAAUUUACAUUUCAACAACAAGAUUUUAAAAAAAAAAGAAAAAAGGAACAACAACCGUGUAAAAGCAAAAGAUAAACAUUCGACUGGCUCCCAUGCUGGCUGCCAGAAAUCCUCGCCUCCACACCUUCAGUCAUGCCUGCUACAACCAAAUCCACCAGGAGACAGACACCUGCUCAGAGGAAAAAUAGCCAGAAAGUCAUCAGCGCCAAGAGGCAAACCUACAACUCGAAUAAACCCAGAGGAAGAGCCACAGAGAAAACACCCGCAGAACCCAAAAAGGUUACAGCCAGGGGCCAGGCGCAGUCAGGCCGAAGCCCCCGUGGAAGAGGGGUUAGUGGGUCUGCUGGUCAGGGCACUGGGAGGUCUCCUGGCACAGUAAACCAUGCUCUAAAUGUAACAGGACCUGUGAGGCUUAGACGGCUGAGCAUACCGGCAGACCCCCUAGGGCGAAGGAAGUCCCUGCGGGGCACACAGGUGUCUGUUACUCCCUUUAAACCUCCUAAACCUUGCAAAGGUGGGGAAAACAGCAGAGGGAGCGCAAGGAGAGGAGCCGCAUCACAGCAGGCAAACACAAGAAAGCAGCCGUCAAGCACCAGCAUCAACGAUACAACUCCUGACGAGGAAGAUGAGAAACUGGAUCCAUGUGAUUUGGAAGAGAAUUUUCCAGUUUCUCUAAAAACUGAGUUUGAAAGCAUCAAAGAUAAAAGUCUAGGAGUCAACAAUGCUAAAGAGGGCAGCCCUCUUAAAGCGGAUUCACCACCAUGUAAUGACACACUGGAUGACUGUGUGCAGGGCAGCUGUGACAGCACUACAACCCAACAAGACAAAACGACUGUCAGCCAUAACAAAGAAGGUGACAUCAGGUGUGUGAUCGAGGCCCCUGUGUGUGAUGAUGUUGUUGAUGGACAGCUACAACUCUGCAGUGACAGAAGUAAAGAUAACCCCCCUGAACCCUCUGCGCUAACGAGUAUUGACUCAGCGGGGGUGCAGGGUGGCAGCGACGGGGAGGACAUUUCAUUUGUCCUUGGAAAUAAGCUUGAUCAUCUUGCCGGUGAUGGUAAGCAAGAUGAUGGGUGUACUGUCCAACCAGAGGAAGGUAACAGGUUGGACUCGAAAGAGAAAAGGACAGAAGAACGAGUGAUAGUUGUUACUGAGAGAAAGGAGAAGCUAAAUCAUGAGAGGGGAGAGAGUUCAGAGGCAGAGAAAGCAGUUGAGAGACAAAAUGAGACAACGGGAGAGAUGGAGGAGAUGAUCGUGGGUAACUGUGAGGGAGGAGACAGAGGGAAAAAGGAGGAGAAUGAUGUUUCCAUCAACUUUGCUGACUCCCACCCCAGCAGUCCAGCGCCUCACCCUCCAAAUCCACCUCACUCUAAAAAUGGACUGACAGCACAGUUAGAGUCACCUGCAAGUGUGCUACCUGUCUCCAACACAGCUACCUCAAAUCCCACCAAAGCCCCCUCCACCUCAGAGUCACCUGAGCUAGAUGUUCUGAGCCAGGGUAAGACAGACAUGCAACCUACUACUCAUGGUGCUAAACCUCAACUCCUAGGGUCCUCAGCUGUCGCUGAAACUGCCCCGAUGUUGCAAACUGUCUUAGUAAAAAGAAAUACACCAGUUAUUAUCCGUAGUGACUCCCUCAAAUCUAGGAGCUCGGGGGAUUCAACACAGGGGGAACCACACCUACUGCUAAGCCCAGAGAUUCCAUCUCCUCAGGGAGAAAGACAAGCUUGCACACCAGCAAAGACACAGACCAAAGAUAGUGAAUCCAAUCGAGAGCCAUUGGAGCGCCUCGACCAGAAGGAGUCAUCUUCGCUGUCACUGUCGCUAGUUCCCCAGCUGAACACCGAUGCCCUUAGAGCUGAGUGUGAAUCAAACCUCAGCGAGGGCAGUGUUGCGAUAGCGGUGUCAGAGCCGGACUCAGUGCCAAAGAUCUUGACUCCUUAUCUGGACAGUAGCUCCACCUUUUCUUGCAGCUCAGAAAGCACCCGCUCCUCUUUUUCUUUUGACACUGAAUCAGAGGCAGGGUAUGGAGAACCCAGCCCCUCUAUCCUACCUGGAUCCUGGGGGACAGAGGCAGCCUGCUUGCCCUCCUGGACUGCUCGGAAACCGCAUAGGAAGGAGAGGAAAAAGCGGAGCAGGUGUGGGAUGUGUGAGCCGUGCCUGAGGAAGGUCAGCUGUGGCCAGUGUAGUUGCUGCCUCAACCGCAGGACUGGCCACCAGAUCUGUAAGCUGAGGAAGUGUGUGGAACUGAAGAGGAGAAGACCUUCAUCUCCACUCACUCUCUCUGCCGCACAGGUGGUUCCAGAAAGUGGGUCGGUAAAUGGCAAAGGCAAGGCACAGAUGGAUGAUACCCACAAGGCAGCAGAGGAGGAUGACGGGGAGGAAGGCCACAUACCUCACAAACAAUCUCCCCCCAUCACCAACUCGCUCACCCACAAUCUGGCCUCGGACCAAGCCGGGCGGCCACCACUUGUUAAAAGAGAGCCCGGGCUGGAGCUGACCAGCAUUGCACUUCACCAACAUGUAUGCUCUUCUGUGACUUUUCAGAAUGGUUCUGCUGAGACAAAACCUAAUGGUGCUGACAUGAGCACUGGAUCACUAUCUGAUCUGAAAUCUGCUUAUAAAAGGACCAUGAUUGCAUCAGAGCCUCAAAGAACUAUCAUAGCCGCAGCCCCUAAAGACUUCUCUGAGAAUGGACGCAAGACUCCUCCAGAUAACAUGUCGAUUCCGCUAAAGAAGAUCAAACUGGAGGAGCCAUGGAUGUGGAUUACUGAACAGGCCACAACACAGCUGAGUGAUGAGGAUGAGGUCUGCGAAGACCCGCUGUCCACACUGGCAGCCGUGGUGUGUCUUUCUGUCACAGAGAGGAAGGGACUAGAGGAGAAACUUUUCAGCUCACGAUCUUCCAUUCUUUGCGCCAUCAAAACAGAGCCACCAGAUUUGCACUUCAUCAAGAAAGAACCUGUUGACUUAAAGAAUGACUUGUGUCAGAAAAGCACUCCUGUUAGUCAGACUCCCCAGGCUGUCAAAAGUGAACCUCCUCCGAAUGUGUUGCUACCAAGCGUGCAGUCUUUGGCAGAGAAGAGAAAUCUUAGUUUUGAUCAGGCUAUUGCUAUUGAGGCCUUGACUCAACUGGCAGAUAUACCUCAAAGCACCCCAGGGUCCAUUAAAGCUGAAAGUAAUUGUGAACAUCCCAUUUCUAAUUCUGCUCCAUUUUCAUCCUCUAGUACAAAUACAACCCUGCAAGAAGCCAAACCCACAGCAGCUAUCUGCUACAACAAAGUCUCGGUCAUCAGCUCACCACUACACCAGAUGUCAGUCAUACGCCCUCCUGUGGUCAGACAAGGGAAUGUGAUCCAGUGCUCCCAGGGGUCGAGCUCUAACACAAAGCUGUCUCUGCAGAACCUCCUAGAAGCAAGUUCAGACAAUGAUAAAGCACCCUGUAGGAGGACAGAGCAUGGUUUUGGUUCUCAUGUCAACAAGUCUGAAUGCAGCUAUAAAGUUCCCAGUGACGUAAAGCUCAGUAGAGAUCAUGAGCGCUUGUUUGGGGAAGACAAAGACUUGGUUCUUGGUAAAGCAAGAAGAAACAGGGAUGAGGAGGAAGUAGCAGCUCAGUUGGCAGACCUGGCCUUCAUCAUCCAGUCUCGACAUAACCAGCAGUCAGAGAACAACCCUCCAAGAGGAACACCUGUGUCUGCCAUCAAAUACAACUACAACUCCCAGCCACCCCCUAAUCAGACAAAGCCCCUCAUAAAAAAAACAAAAGCUACGCCUUCGAAGCCCAGAAAGAAGAAGAUAAGUGAUGGACUACAUGAGGGAAUCAACUCUAGGACACCCCUUUCAAAACGCAUGCCAAAUGGAGGAACGCCCAACAGGAGCAGAGGCAAGAAGGUCCUCCCACAGGGGAAAUCAGGCCUUCACCACAAGAGGAACCUCUUUCUGCCUCAGGCCCAAAUUGAUCUGAAGAGAUAUUUGGCUGAGGCUCAGGAGGAAAGGAGGCAACUCAUCCAUCAUAGUAAUGCACACAAUACAACCCUGUUAGGGCCACAGACUCAGAACUACAGCACUCUCACAAGGAUCAACCACAUUCACAGUCAAGAAAACCAGCCAUGGUCCCUUUCAAAUGGUCCACUCCACCAACACAGUCCAUGCAAUGGUCAUGCUGCAGGACCGGGGCAGGACUGUGAAAGGCAUUUGCUAUCUCAGGUAGUGCAGCCCUUUGCUGGGCUGCAGCAUGGUGCUGAUCCUAACACAAGCCCAGCCAAUACCGCUUUCCUCAACCACACUACUGGGUACCAUGGUCUGGUCAAUGGCUUCUCAGGGGCUCGGCAGUCCCCUCCUCCAAGCCAGCAGGGCUACUACAAGCUGGAGAAGUCAGGACCCGUUACUGUCCUGUCCACGGCUACUGAAGGGGAUCUGGGACACUCUGCAGAGUCAACUCCAUCCAAGAACAGCGUCCAUAGCUUUCUGGAGUCUCCUAUGAGUCUUCUGGAUACCCCUACCAAGAACUUACUCAAUACACCUUCUAAAAAACUGUCAGAUCUUCCCUCCUGUCAAUGCAUGGACCAAAUCAUUGAAAAGGAGGAAGGCCCUUACUAUACUCACCUUGGGGCAGGACCCAGUGUUGUUGCAGUGAGGGAAAUGAUGGAGAACAGGUAUGGUGCCAAAGGAAAUGCAGUAAGAGUGGAAGUUGUUGUUUACACUGGGAAAGAAGGAAAAAGCUCCCAGGGUUGUCCUAUAGCUAAAUGGGUGAUCCGGCGUGAAAGUGAAGAGGAGAAGUUGCUGUGUUUAGUUCGCCAGAGACCAGGGCACCACUGUGACUCUGCCGUGUUGGUGAUCGUCAUCCUGGCGUGGGAAGGAAUUCCUCGGCCAGUGGCGGACAAUCUCUACCAUGAGCUCACACAGUCCCUGUUUAAAUACGGCUCCCCAACCAGCCGUCGCUGUGCCCUCAAUGAAGAUCGUACAUGUGCAUGCCAGGGUUUGGACCCAGACACCUGCGGAGCUUCGUUUUCCUUUGGCUGCUCCUGGAGUAUGUACUUCAAUGGCUGUAAGUUUGCCCGCAGCAAAGUGCCCCGCAAGUUCCGCCUGCUUGGAGACUACCGGGAGGAGGAAGAGAAGAUCGAGAACAACCUUCAGAAUCUUGCCACUGACCUUGCACCACUCUACAAAAGACUGGCACCUGAGGCCUUCCAAAACCAGGUGGAAAAUGAGGAGACAGGAGGGGACUGCCGGCUUGGAAGGAGGGAGGGACGUCCUUUUUCGGGGGUCACAGCCUGUGUGGAUUUCUGUGCCCACGCUCACAAGGAUACUCACAACAUGAAUAAUGGCAGCACUGUGGUUUGCACUUUAACCAAGGAAGAUAACCGUGCAGUGCGUAACAUACCAGAAGAUGAGCAGCUACAUGUUCUGCCACUUUACAGGAUCGCUGACAGGGAUGAGUUUGGUCAGGUUGAGGGCCAGUGGGCUAAGAUCCGAAGUGGUGCUCUGCAAGUUCUGUCUUCCUUUCCCCGUGAGGUUCGUCUUCUGGCUGAGCCAGUGAAAUCUGCCCGUAAGAUAAGACAAGAGGCUCGUCUGAGGGCUCAAGCAGAGAAACUGGAGAAGAAGCUCGGACUGACUCCUCUCACUCCUGGGAAAGUGAAAAGUGAAACCCCCAAUAAAGAGCCUCAGGGCUACUACAGCUCACACGGACUACCACCCAGACCUGCCAGCGUUGGGAGGUAUCUGCCAGACAGGAAUCAACCCAGCACUUACAACCAGAGCACCAGCAGCUACCCCACUCUGGGUGCAGGGAUCGUCCCACAGAAAGAGGUCAUCUCCCCCAAUUCUGUCCAUGCUGGCCUCCAGUACGGACAGAAUGGCUCAGCUCUCAAUUAUAAGACAAUGAGUGACGCCGUGAAUGGUUAUUCUCCAGCAUCUGCUGACCAGAGUGUUACAUCAGAACUUAUACCUCCACAUAAUGCCCUUAGUGACUACCCCCCUACUUUUAAAACUGAGCCGAAUGAGGUGCACUGCUCCUCUCUGUGCAGACCCUCCCAAAGUGGGAGUGCUCCUCCUCCCUCCUCCUUCUCCCCCAGACCUACCUCUGAGGGUCUCUUCAGCAGGCUCAAUGGACUCCACAGGGCUGCAGGAGAUGUCGCAGCAGAGGUCAGGGGUCAUGGCCUCCCUCCUCUCUCAUCUCUUCCCCUUCAACCAGAAACUCCCCCACUUGAACCAGAAGAAGUGAAGCAGGAAGAGGUGUGGUCAGACAGCGAGCACAACUUCCUGGAUCACAAUAUAGGCGGAGUAGCCGUGGCACCAUCACACGGCUCCAUCCUGAUAGAGUGUGCACGGCGGGAGCUCCACGCCACCACUCCUAUCCUCAGGCCAAACCGCAGCCACCCCACCCGCAUCUCCCUGGUCUUCUACCAGCACAAGUCUCUAAAUGAACCAGGCCACGGGAUGGCUAUGUGGGACGCCAAAAUGGCCAAGCGGGAACGAGAGCGGGAGGAGGAGGCUGAGAGAUUAAGAAUGGAGGACAUCACAGGCACCAGCAAAGGAGCUGGUGGUGUGGACCUGGAGGAGGAAACGGGGGAGGAGGCAGAGGAGGCAAGGAGGAUGAAUGUCCCCACGCGUCAAGCAUGGACUCGCCCGAGGGAUGGUGUCAUCACCGUGUCCCCUUAUGCUCUUACCCAAGUGACAGGUCCCUACAAUCGCUGGACUUAGUCAACAUGUUUUACACACACACACACACACACACACACACACACACACACACACCCUGUGCUUCUGCCUUACCUCAAUCAACUUCAAACUGCUACUCUCAUUUUUACGUCGUUUUCAUUGUGCUUUUCUAAUAUCUGUUUGUUUACUUUGUUCUUCUUCAUCUCUGCCUUCAAAGUGAUGUGGAAGAGCAAAGUUUGUUGGCUUUUUAACUGUGAGUCUGGGUGUCGUUUUUAUUGUAAAGAGAUGGUGCUUUGAAGCAUUUUAAGACGUUUUUAAACUGGUUUUAUAUACAUGAUUAAGAACAAAAAAGAUGUGAUUAUUUAUUCUGAUCAUAACGAUUUCUAUUUAAUUCCUGGUGUAAGCCUGUUUACUGCAAGAUUUCUAUGAUAACCUGCAUUAUGUGUUGAUGCUCAGAUUUUGUGUUGUACAGCAGGAUUAUGCUCUUUAUUUUCAGCCAAUCAUUCUCUUCUCAUAAGAUGAAUCACGUUGGCUUUUACAUUGGUGCCAUUCUCACUGUAACCUUUGUUUAGCAAACUCAUUACAUCACAUAAUGUAGAAAACAAGACUAAUAUUGUGCAUAUAUUUACUACAGAUUGUCACAUGUAGCAUCGUGCUUUUCAUUCUGCUGUCGGCAGUCGAUGAAAGAAAUGUACGUCUUUGGUUUGUUGUUUUAUUUUCUCUACAUCUGAAUGGUUUGUCUUUUAUUCACAGAUAUGUAUGGCAUAUUAAGAAGCACUUUUUUGUUUUCCUAAACUUAACUUGAAAAAGGUCCCAAUCUAUAGGCCUGAAUAUGUAUGUACAGAUAGAGAUAUAUAUGACAGCUUAGCAUGAACCCGGUUUUAUUUUUACAGUGUUUCUGCAUUUAUUUGAUUGAAAAUGGCAUACAUAUCUAAUGAAAUUCAAAACUUAGCAUAAUGAGGAAUUGUGAAAUGCUGCAACAAUGAAGUGCUUAUCAUUAUCGGCACUUAACUUGUAUGUUCACCUUCUGGAAAAGGUAUUCAAAGAUCUUUCAUGGGGCACAAGUGUGAACAAACUUACUGUACAUUUGAAUGGUGCUAAUGAGACUUCUGUUUUAUUUUUACAGAAAUCACAAAGUGUCAGAUUUGGAUACAAAAAACUCUGUUAGCCAAUGCUGACUAAUCAAACCAUUUCUUCUUUUGCCUCCUCUCUGCUCUUGUUGGAAAACCACUCAAACAUCAGAUACCCACUCAGACAAUUGCCUAAGACGAUUUUGGGUGCUCGACCCUUGUAAAGACUUUGUUUACAGAUAGCUUUUUUUUACAGGGUCUGAAUAAGGGGGUUGGUGUCAACUCCUGGUAAAUCAGGAUUUUUAUUUUGUAUUACCCAUGAAAGAGAAGCUCUUCAUUUAAAGGAAAAACUCGACAAUGAAAUUUCAGCACAACCGAUAAAGACCUUUCACUGGUAUUCACACUAACACUGGUGGUGGUAAUGUUUCCUGUGAGAAACAUUUUGGACUCUUUACACACUUCGACUUCCUUUUGGUGCUAACAGGACAGGAUGUCAUGGUACAUGCAUUGACCUAACCUGGUUAUAUACUCAACGGUGGUGGCAUGGUGCUUUUUUGAAACUCAGCACACACUGAUCUGGUAUAUAUAAUUCAGUAUGAAGGUAGUUUUAUCAUUUCUCUGGAUGUUCACUGGCUGACAACAGACUGAAAAUCGUUGGUAUCCCACCAUUGAUCAUGAUGUUUUUCAAAAUACCAGUAAAAAGCAAAUUAUUGUCUAGAUGUCCAUCUUUCAAAGAGUUCAAACGUCUUCCACAGAGAACUAAACUCUCAGAUAGAUCUCAAAAAAUCAUCAACAUACACACAAAAUGAAAUGAAUGUAAACCGUUUUUAAAUAGUUCGAUUUAGAAAGACAUUUUUUUCAACAUGACAAAGUAAAUGUUUCUUUUGAUUUACUGUGGGGGACGUUCUCAGUCCACACUCAAAGUCUUUGUAUCAACGAGGAACUAAUAACUAGCACCAGCAUUCAAAAAUCUGAAAAAAAAAAAAAAAAAAACUUUUAUUAGUAGAAAAAAUGUAAAUAUGUAUGUGAACCAUAUUGUUUUUACUGUAUUGUUAAUGGUGUUUAGACAAUGGAUGAUCUUGCUUAUUUUGAAACUGAAUUACUGUAUGUUGCUGAAAGUAUAUCCAGUUUAGACUUGAGAAGAGACUUAAAUUUAGCAUUCCUUUUAUGGAUGGCUGAUCUCUCUUUCGGGAUUGUGAAAUAAAGUCAUAUUUAUAUUUUGGACCUGAA